GAGAGGAAAGGCACACCCAACCUGAUUCCUGUCUCCGCCCCACUUCCUGGCAUGAAGAAGGAGUGAGGGGGCGUGCGGGGCUCGCUGACGGAGAGGGGCCGGUCUUACUAGGCGGAGUUAUUGGCCCCACUAUUCAUUCCGGGUUUUCUUCCCGAGGAGAGUAGGUCCAGUCCGAGCCGCGCCCAAUUCCAGUUCCGGCUCUUGCGAACGGUCUCCUUCUCCCUCUCCAGCUGUUUUUACGCAUCUGGCCAGCCGCGCCUUCUCCUCCUCCUCGCGCAGUAUCGGCAAUAGCACCAGGACUAGCACCAGCGGCAGCACCAGCAAGCAUCUCCAUGUCCGGGGAAGAGGCGGCCGGGGGCGAUGCAGGCGCCACUCCUAGCGGCACCGCUGCUCCUCCUGCAGAGCAGCAGCAGCAAGAAGCGGCUCCGGCGGCGGGAGCAGGAGAGGAGGGCAAGGCUGCCGCGGGCACGUCGGAGGCAGCAGCAGCAGCUCCUGCAGCGGGACGCCAGUACCGCGCAUUGGUGUUGACGGGUUCCGGUGGCUACGAGAAGGUGAAACUGCAAACGAAGCAGCUGCCGGAAGCCGAGCCCAGCCCGGGCCCCGACCAAGUCAGCGUGCAAGUGCAGGCCUGCGGGCUCAACUUCGCCGACCUGCUGGCCCGCCAGGGGCUCUAUGAGAAGCAAACGACGCCCCUGGUCAGCCUCGGCAUGGAGGCAGCAGGCACUGUCCUGGCCGUGGGCGAGGGCGUCGCCUGCCCGAAGGUAGGUGAUAAGGUGAUGGUGUUGGCCAAAUCGGGGCUCUGGCAGGAAAUUGUGACGGUCCCAGCCACCCAGACGUUUCUCAUGCCGGAAGGGAUGAACUUUGAGGAAGCAGCUGCCUUUCUGAUCAACUACAUCACAGCCUACAUGGUCCUAUUUGAUUUUGGCAACCUGCGACCCAACCAGAGCGUCCUUGUCCACAUGGCAGCAGGUGGGGUGGGAACUGCAGCAGUCCAGCUCUGCAAAACUCUGGAGAACAUCACCAUUUUUGGCACAGCCUCUGCCUCCAAGCAUGAGGCCCUCAAGGAGAACGGGGUUACCCACCCCAUAGACUACCGGACAGCUGAUUAUGUGGCAGAGGUCCGGAAAAUCUCACCAAAAGGUGUAGAUGUCGUCUUGGAUCCCUUGGGGGGUUCGGAUACCGCAAAAGGUUUUAAUCUCCUGAAGCCAAUGGGCAAACUGGUUACCUAUGGGGUAGCCAAUGUGCUCACGGGGCAGAAGAAGAACCUGAUGGCCAUGGCGAAGACCUGGUGGAACCAGUUCAGCAUCAAUGCCUUGCAGCUGCUUGGUCACAACAAGGCUGUCUGUGGCUACUAUCUGGGCGGCCUAGAAGAGGAGACUGAGCUCAUCACUGGUGUGGUGACCAAGCUAAUUGCCCUCUACAACCAGGGCAAGAUCAAACCAAAGGUGGACUCUGUUUGGUCCUUUGAUCAGGUGGUGGAUGCCAUGAAGAGGAUGCAAGAGAAGAAGAACAUUGGGAAAGUUGUGCUGGUCCCCAAAGCACCACCGAAGGACGAAAGCAAGAAUGCGGAGAACUAAAGCAAAGGGCAUGGAUGGGGUGUCUGUCCUCGUAUUGGUUCUGUUUGUUUGUUUUGUUUUGUUUGUUUUUUAAGCUCCUCAUCUGUCCCUCUGAGGGAAGUGGGAAAGGACAGAUCUUUCAUGGCAGUUAACAGAGUAAGUGACACAGGAUUGACAAAACUAUGGCUUGUGGUCAGUUGGUAGUUUUAAAGGUAGUGCAAACUUCAGAGUUUUACAGAAUGCUUUAUUGGGUCAAACUCCCAAGACUGCACUAUCUCAAACCCUUGUCUGGCCUAGUAAAAGAUAUCAUGUCAAUCCUGCAUUUCUACUUCUGUAGUACCAACACUUUGCCCUGUGAAAGGGAAAAGGCAGUAUUUUAAGGGCGGAGAUGCAAGUCGGGUGCAUCCACUUAAAUUUCCCUCAAUUCCUUCUCUGCUUUUCCCGUUUCUAACCUACUCGCAUCUCCACAAAACUCCCACCCAAGUAAGUUGCUUCUAAGCUUCCCUUUUCCCGCCGCCCCUGCACGCUCAAUGAGUGACUAAUGACUUCAGAGUCUGUAAAACUCCCAUUGUUACAGCAACCAGUGACGGUUUCCACAGAAACGAAGCCUCAUACCUGCUGCUUCUGACAGGCAAAUUUUAGCGUGGAAUGUUCCUGACAGUUGCAGCUCAGCUGUUACAGGAAAAACCUGGCGUGGGGGGAGACUUGUGUGUCUGCCAGCUAUGUAAACUGACACAGCAAGGCCUUUGACUCUGCCCUCACCAACACACAAGGGCCCACAUGCUACACCACUUCAAGGGGAAGUCUGGCCUACACACGUAUGCCUUGUCAUGGCUCUCCCCAAGGACUCGUGGGAGCUGCAGUUGUGUGAAAGAAUGAGUCAGCAAAUGGCAGCAAAGGAAUUCCCUUCAUACACAGCUGUAACUCCCUGGGGCUGCGAUCCCAUGCUCACUAACCUGGGAAUAUAUGCCUUUGAACUUAGUGGGACUUACUUAUGAGCAAAGAUGCAUAGGAUUGCUCCUUGAGUGUCGACUACUUCAGAUUUAGAAGGGUAGUGUAGCCAAAUAACACUAGCCAUCUAACAAUGCUAUACAGCUAGCUGGUUGAUUUAACCGAGUCUGUAAUCUCAAAACCACGCUGUUGUUCUGCAGAAUUGACACUCUUGUCAUGUGGCUUGGUGAGAGGCUGUCUGGUGUUUCAAUGUGGAAAACCCCCCCAAUGCAUUCUCAAUCCUAAAGCACAGGAAAACUCUUGAUCUUGUCCUUCUCUGAUCCCCGCUAGUUGGAAGCAUGGGACACGAAACCAUUCCUUCCUAAAACGCCAAUCAUAGGUUUUCCUUGAGACCAAAUGUGGGUGCAUCUUGGAAAUGCAUGGAGUGUGUUCAUGUUGGAUGUGUGCACGCAGUUUACAUGUUUUGGGCUACAUCCUGGCAAAAUAUUGCCAUUUGUAUUUGCAUUGUUUGCGAGGGGGUGGGCGGGCAUUAGCAAUUCUCUGCAGGGUGUGAACAGGAGGCAGAAACCAUCCCCAAUUUAAGGCAUCGUGUCCUAGUUCAGGCAAAAGCUGGCCACUUUGUGAAUGUAUGCCAACUGGCUCUGUGUGUAGACAUCCCUUGCUGCACAGGCAGCUCUGCUUCUUGUACAAUUCAUUCACCAUUUCUUAUGGCUCUGAUCUCUUCCUUGAGAACUCUGGGCCACCUUUAUCUCCCUUCUUUCAUUUCAGAAAAUUGCUUAAGCCUUCUUGGAUCCUCUGAGCUGUACAAAGCCUGUGCAUCUCUCUGUACCUGAAUGCCUGGUACAUAUGGCCCUGACAUUGUGCCGCCUCCUUGAAGAUGCAUUUCUGCUUUUUCUCCAGUGUGCUGCUGUUGCCAGGUCUACCUUGGGGUGGGGCUUUGGCCCUUCUCCACAGUGCAGGGAGCAACCAAAUUGAUCACCCUAGAACAGAUCAGAAUGGCAGGGAGACCCAAAUCACUUCCUUAAUCCCUUUCCCUCACUCUCAUAGCUGGUAGGGAGAGAAAGAGCCUUAAGGCUAGUGUGUGACCAUUCCUUGGGAGGGAAAACAAAGGCUACAGGAAAUGUUGGUGAACCCGGUGUAUCUCUGGUUCUUCCCACUCGCAUCAGAAAGUAAUCUAUGAAGAAUUUGAGGCCAAAAAGAUCUCUUUAGAUGCUAGAAGAACAUCCAUGGAAGUGGAGGCCAGCCUUAGGCUCUCUGCCCUAUGGCCCCUCGGUUGCUGAACAUUAUCUUAAGGCACCCUAUGCCUGUGAACUCUUGCUGUAGUGUGCCCAUGCUUGCUUCUCUUCCCGUUUGGCUACAGCUUCUCAGUACUGUGUGCAAUUCUGGGCAUUCAUCUCUUGCCGUGUGUGUGUGUGUGUGUGUGUGGCCAACUUGUCUUACAAGUGCUGUGAGUGAACGUUUCACACCCUCCAAGUGAGUGCUAGGUCUGUAAAGAGAUUUUCUCCUCCUUCCUUCAGCAUCCAGCUGCUGUUGUUCCUAGCUGCUGAAAAUAGUUGCAGUGUGAAUGCCUCUCUUGGGCUUCCCACACAUUCAACAAGUAAGUCUAGGAGCAACUUCUGUGAGGCAAGCAGGAGUCUUUGGUCCGUGUGGAAGGUAACUGUCUUGAAUGCCAAAAAAUGUGGAUGAUUUCUCGGGCAGACUUGGUCUAGGCAACUGAUAGUGGGGCCUUUGUAGAAAGAGCCAGUUCUGGCAACAAUUUGUCUUGCUGAAUGAAUUUUCAUAUAUCAGAUGUAGUAAAAUUUGGGAGCCCAUGUUUUCAAGGGGCUUAAACUCAAGGUUUCUUAGGACUGAUUAGUUACCCUUUGGCAUCCUUUAACCUACUCUGUUACUCUUAGUGAAGAAUGUCGUUGGUUCCAGAUCGAUUAAUAGAAUCCUAAAGCUGGGAGGGACCAAAGGCCUACCUGCUCCAAGCAUCUGUAGGUCAGUGGUAAAGCACAAGGUUUGUAUGCAGAAGACCCCAGGUUCGGUACCCACCAACUGAAAGAUCUCUACCUGGGACUGUGGAAAAUUACUAUUCGUUGGUGUGGAUUUUAAUAAUGGACCAAUAGUUUGAUGUUAGGCAGCUUGAUAUAUAUUCAUAAGGCCACUCUCAGAUCAGUCUAAUGCAAUCCAGCCUCCUAUAGGCUGCAAGUAGAGAGCCAGUGCAGUGCAGAACAAAUAGCUCCAGCUAAUUAACCCAAACUACAAGGCUGUGUUCUUGUGUACUUAAUGGAGCACUGAUGCUCCAGUUCCAGCUCUUCUGUUGGGCUCUGGAGCAUUAUCUUCAGAGGCUAUCUGUUUCAGACUUCCAAGGCCCAGAAUUCUAGCAUCCUCUCUUCAAGGCUCUUAGUCUCAUCAAAGUUUGCAGACCCAGUCUGCUUGAACCAGAAAGCUGGAGUUUAGUUCCCCAACUCUGCCUCGUGUGAAGCAACAGCAUUCAGACAUGCAUGCCCUCCUGCAGAACUCCCAGAUCCUACAAGAGAGGGGAAAUGAUGCAAAACUUUUAAACAGUUUUUUUUUAAAAAGCAACCUCCGUUUUCUUGCCUUGCUUCUUGCUACUGCCAGGUGCCUUAUUCUGGAUGGCAUUCCAAAACUUUUGUAACCUUGUUGUCUUUUGAUACUGCAAGGAACAGCCUUGCCUCUAGGAGAACUCUGACAUAUGCUGCAUUGUAACAUAAGCGUCCACGCCCCAUUUUACCAGUGCCUUGUUCCAGACAACCAUUUAAGGUCUAUCCAAUCCCAGAAGCCUUUGCCAAACUUGGCUUGUUUAAAAGAUUGCCAAAAACAGAACAAAAAACCCCCACCACUUCUUGUGUCACCUAAAAAGCAAAAAGUGUUAUACAACCAAUGGGAAGGCCUGCAUAAUGUGGUGCGUCUCUGUUCAAGUGCAUGUGUCUGGGAACUUGAGCUCAGCUCUCCCAGAAUCCCACAGUUUAGCACAUAGAAACCCAUUGGGCAUUUUUACAAUGGUGCUAAGGAAGCCCCUUUAAUUUCCCAAACACUACAUUUGAAUGUUGUUAAUCCACUACAGAAAGCAUUUAAAACUUUAAUGUACUGUAGAAAGUUACUUUUUAAAAUUCACUGUACAUUUGGCCAUGGUGUAAAUCUUUCAAAUGCUGAAUGUGGAAAAUUUGAAUUUCAUUCUUAGUUUCAUUUGUGAAAGUGCCCAUGUGGGGAGAUGGCCCUCUCCCUGGAGUGCACCACUACCAUUAGUGAGUGCACCCACUACCAUUGGGAAAAGGUAGAGAAAAGGCUUUGUCACCGACGUGCAACAGACUUGAAAAACUGACUCUCAACAGUUAGCAGCAAGAAGUGAUGCCCCAUUCUCUUUUUUGCAACGUGUCUUUCUCGUGCUGGAGUCUGAUUGGCUUGAGUUGCUUCUCCCACACUUACAAUGUUUUCCUUUGACUUGUCUUAGUACUACUCAGUAGUAGUUCAAGUCUUUUUAUACAGAUAUCAAAUUUUAAAGCACUAUACCUUUGCUUUUUGUUACCUUGCUAAUACUUGUCCCAAAUUUUAUAGUAGCCCCUUUUAGUGGUUGUGUGUGUGUGUGCGUGUGUGCGUAUGCUCAGACAACUGUUUUAUGGGCCAUAAGUACUAACUAAAACCUCUUGACGCCCAUUUAAAAAAAAAUGAUGAUCUAAAACU